UUCAGGAAACAGAAAAACAUCAUAUAUACAUAUAUGCUUAGCAUAUCAUGAGCAACAUCCCCACAUCUCUCACCGACUCAUCUCUUUCUAUUUUUCUUCUCACUAUCUCUUCUGCCGUCGAUCCUUGGCCCUUUUCUAUCUCCGUCUUCUAACAUCAACCUCGCCGGAAAACUUCUAAGUACUGUUUUUCUCCGUCGUUGAACGUUUCAAUCAAUAUUCUUGUUUCUCGUUAGGGUUUCCUGUAAGAAAGAUUUGAUCUUUGUAAUGGGUUUUGAAGACCAAGAACAGAAACAGAGUCCAAAACAGAGUCAGAGCAAGCAGAUGGUGUUCAAGUUUCACUUUCAUGUUCCCCAUCUACACAUACUCCAUCAUCAUCAUGUUCCGAAAGGCUGUGUUGCGAUCAUGGUUGGACACGAAGGAGAUGAAGAAGGUCUACACAGAUUCGUGGUUCCGUUGAUGUUCUUGAGCCAUCCUCUGUUUUUGAGUCUAUUGAAAGAAGCAGAAGAAGAGUACGGAUUCAAACACGCAGGCCCUAUUACGAUUCCUUGCCGUGUCGAUGACUUUAAGCAUGUUCAGGAGAUUAUCGACGAGGAGACUCACCGCCCUCAUAGUCACGGUAACGGACACAACUACCAUCACCACCACCACCUCAACCAUCUGCCAUGUUUCUGAAGAUCUGCAUUUGGAUUUGUUGGUUUAGUUUGGUUUGGUUUGACUUGACAUAUAAUUGGCUAUUGGUUUGGUUUUGACUUCUAUUUUUUUUUUUUUUAGUUUGCAUAAUAUUCGUUUGUAGUUAGUGAAAAACAGAGAGCAAUUGAAUGUGAAUGCUUCUCAUCUAUUACGAAUGUAAUCGUGAGGAAUACGACAUUCCAGUUUGUGGUUGUGGGAUAAUGUAUUACUAGGUGGACGGCCCGUACGUCUAUGCGGACAUUAAUAUAAUCUAUACACUAGAUUUUGAUCCGCGCUUUAAAAGCGCGGGUUUAUUUUACCUUUUUGAUAAAAUUUAUUUGAAUUGAUAAAUUUUAUUUUAACACAAAAAAUAAAAGUUGUUCUACUAAUAUUAAAAUGUUCUAUUAUAUUGUUUUAUUUUUACAUAUUGUAUGUUUUUAUAUCUGAUCGAGACUCAUAGUUAAACUGAUAUAUCCGACAAUCUUUUGUAUAAUCCGG